UAGCUUCGGACCCUUCCGCAGUGCAUCCACACGACCACUCUCCGCCCCGAGUCCCGACCAAGAUCUCUCUCUUCCUCCUCCAAUGGCGAAAUCCGAACAAGAGCCCCAUAAACCCUAACCCAAACCCUAACCCUAAUGCACCGCCGUAGAGGCCCCCUCCUCUUCCCCCUCCUCUUCCUCCUACUCCUCUCCCUCUCCGCCCUUCUCCUCCUCCCCUCCCACCACCACCACUCCUCCUCCUCCUCCCUCCUGCCCUUCCCCUCCUCAAACCCUAACCCUUACGCUAACCCUAGCAACUUCACCUUCCUCAUCAAGGUCCUCGCCUUCGACCGCCCCGACUCCCUCCGCCGCUGCCUCCGAUCCCUCUUCGCCGCCGACUACGGCGGCGACCGUGUCGGCCUCCACCUCUUCCUCGACCACUUCCACGUCGCCAAUCCAACCAACGAAUCCGAUGUCGUAGAUCGGAGGCUUGAGGCGGCGCGUCGCGUCCUCGACCUCGCCGACGCGUUCCCGUGGCCGCACGGGCCGAAGCUCCUGCACUACCGCACCGCCAAUGCCGGGCUCCAGGCUCAGUGGCUGGAGGCGUGGUGGCCGAGCUCCGACGACGAGUUCGCCUUCGUCGUUGAGGAUGACCUCGAGCUCUCGCCGCUCUACUAUAGGUACCUGAAGGGGCUGAUCCUGAAGUAUUACUAUGACAAGGCGAACUAUAGCCCUUCGGUCUUCGGAGCAUCGCUGCAGCGGCCGAGGUUCGUGGCCGGUAAACAUGGAAACAAAUUGCAGUUGGACAGUGACAUCCAGGUUUUCUUAUAUCAGAUGGUCGGCACAUGGGGUCAACUUCUCUUUCCAAAACCAUGGAAGGAGUUCCGGUUGUGGUACGAUAUACACAAAGCCAAAGGAGUGAAACCCAUUCUUCAAGGCAUGGUGACUACAGGAUGGUACAAAAGGAUGGGUGAGAAAAUAUGGACCCCCUGGUUCAUCAAAUUUGUCCAUUCGCGAGGAUACUUCAAUAUCUACACAAACUUUCAGGAAGAAAGGGCCCUAAGCAUCUCACACAGGGAUGCAGGUGUGAACUAUGGGAGAAGUGUUGGUCCCGAUUCCAAUUUACUGGAUGAAAGCUCGCUCAAUUUUGAUUUGUGGAAACUUCCACCCUUGAGUAAUCUAAAAUGGUUCGAUUUCUGCUUCAAAGAAGUUCAUCCUGGGAGAAUCGUUAGGAGCUUCGAUGAACUUGGUACUGUACUAGAUUCUUUGCAGAAGCAGAAAACUAUUAUAAUUAUAAGCUUGUAUGGGACUGAAAAGAGGAUUGUUAGAAACUUGAUUUGCCAUCUUGGCAAGGUUGGAAUGGAGAACUUUGUUCUCAUUGUUGACGAUCCAGAGUUUAUAGAUGACCUCGCAAGAAGAGGAUAUGCAGUAAUUGAUGCGAAUCGAUUGAUUCACAGCAUUAAAAGCCAUAACUCAGUGUUAAAUCUUGAAAUUUCUGGGACAGAUUUGAUGAAGGAAAUCUUGGUUAAAGCCCAUUUGGUAAAGAAUUGCCUGGAAUCACGGUAUAACUUAUGGUUAAUGGAUGGGAAUAUGAUACCAAUUAGCGCUAAAUUACCUGAGCCAUCAGAUCAAUUGUACGACUUCUUAGCUGCAAGAGACUUGGGGUUGUUAUUUAUUAAAAGUUCUCCAACUUCUCUGAAAUUUUGGAUUGAUGGUCUAGUUUCUAUGGUGGCGGCACAAGCAAGCAAGUCUACGAUAGGUGGCAACAAUUUCAUGUACUUUGUUAACAAAGCUUUGGAAGCGAGGGGUGAUUUAAGGUUGCGGAGAUUGGAUGAAAAGGCCAUUGCCGUGAAAUUAGGAGUUAAUAACAUGUAUAAUACCACUCUGAAUAGUGGAAAGAAUUUGAUCAUCUUGCCCCAGGAUAUGCAACCGGCUUCAGUUGAGGAGGAGCUCGAAACUCUCGGUAUGUGGUUAAUAGAUGCAGAUUCUUCAUGUAAUGCUGUUUUUUGCCACCAAAGGUAGAGAAUCUAACACAAGAGGUAUUUUUGUUCUCUCUCUCUUUUUAUUCUUUCCUCUUAUUUGUUAAAAAUCAUUGGAUACUUGUAGUCGUCACAUUUAUUACAUAUUUAUUUAUUACAUUAAAGUUCUUUGGAAUUUCUCUCAAA